CGUGAUCGAGCGCGUCCUGCACGCGUCGCGCGGGGCCACUGCCUCCUGAGUCCUCUCGCCACAGCCUCAUCGAUACACGAGCUUGAUAUCUCUACCCAUCUUGAACGACGACCCGAGUCUCAACACGGUGCCGAUGUACCCUUCCGAAGACGAAGAUGUUGCAAGAGCCAUCGCGCUCAGUCUGCAGGAAUCCUCACUUCCGACGCGGGGCUCAUCACCCAACACAUACGAUUCGAAAAGUCGCGAUAAUUCAGUCGAGGACGAGGAAGCUAGAUUCCAAGCAGAGCUACAGCGCGCGAUAGAAGCUUCAAAGCGGGACGCCACAAGCUCUGUGUCGUCCGGUUUCGCCACUCCAGCUGACAAUGCUCCCAGCAGAGCAUCCACGAACAGCUCUUUCAUAUCCGAACGCGCGCAACUGGAGCGGGAGAGACUUGCGCGGCAGAAACGGCUCCGUCCGAACCUCGACACAGACGCGAGAGAGAGCAUAAGCGAGGACGAAAGUGAUGACGAUGAGCACAGGAACAAGAGUGGUGCUUCUACGUCCGGCGGUUCCAUAGCGCAGGCUGCAACAGCCAGUACACGCACAUCUUUCAGCAGCGCGUCGGGAGAGCAGCUAUUCUGGGAUGGCGAGCUGCGGCAGACGGCGAAUAUGCUCGUCGAUCCGGAGAAGGAUGCCCGACCGACGUUUCGCCUUAGCGAGAUUCUCGCACCGAGGGAUGAUAUCGCAUUCGCGAUUGUCUCGUCUUUCGUGUUCAGCUUUUCAUGGCUUUACUCCCUGUUUAACCCAAACACGCCUGUAAUCGCAGUUGCACAAGAUCCCGAAGGCCAAAAAACAAUCAAGACAAUCUUGCCCAACUGGGUGAAAACAACGCCGUUCCUCCGAAAUGGCUGGGGAUGUAUGCAUAUGAAGUUCAUGUUGUUGUUCUACAAAUCUGGACGCCUACGCGUGGUCGUUUCAACCGCGAACAUGGUUGAAUACGACUGGCGCGACAUAGAGAAUUCCGUCUGGCUGCAAGACUUUCCUCCAAGACCGAGUCCUAUCUCGCGCGACUCGGAGGCAGAAGACUUCCCGACUGCUUUGACACGCGUGUUGCACGCUGUGAACGUUGCGCCUGCGUUGAAUUCUCACUUGCAGAACGAACAUCCCGAUCUUCCGCUGCAGCGCCUCGAAAAUCUCCGUACACGCUGGGACUUCUCCAAGGCCAAAGUGCAGCUUGUUCCGUCUAUCGCAGGGAAGCAUGAAGGAUGGCCGAAGGUUGUCCUGGCCGGCCACACAGCGUUGAUGAAAGCCGUACGGGAUGCUGGUAUGACUGCGGAUAAGAACACGGAGGUUGUUCUUGAGUGCCAGGGCUCGUCAAUCGGCACAUACAGCACGCAGUGGAUGAACGAGUUUUAUUGUUCAGCACGAGGUGAAUCCCCACAGUCAUGGCUAGACACGUCCAAGACGCAGAGAGCCAAGCUCCCAUACCCACCUGUCAAAAUCCUCUUCCCCACAUUACAAUACGUGCGUGAGAGUAAGCUGGGUGAGAGGGGAGGAGGGACGAUGUUUUGUCGACAGAAUCAAUGGGAAGGAGCUAAGUUUCCGCGGGAGUUGUUCCACCAGUCGAGGAGCAAACGCGGAAGGGUGCUCAUGCAUUCGAAGCACCCCAAUGCGCGCCAGAAGCAAGCCGCGCGAUCGGAUGUUGACACCGAUGACGAGGAUGCAAAUGAACGAAGAUCGAACAAGUUUAUCGGCUGGGCAUAUGUCGGCUCGCACAACUUCACUGCAUCUGCAUGGGGGACGCUCUCCGGUUCGGCCUUCAGUCCUACGCUGAAUAUCACUAACUAUGAGCUUGGUAUACUUCUGCCCAUCCGGAAGGAGGAGGAGAUAGAUCGGAUCGCAUGCUGGGAACGUCCGCCGAAGAAAUACGUUCUCGGUAAAGAUGAGCCUUGGAUGCAAGCCGAAUCUUCCGUGUAUGCGGCAAUGGGUUAGACAUGUUCGGCCUUGCCGCCUGUGUCGCCACCGCAGCAAAGAUUGUGUAACUAAAUUGAUGACGAGCGCAGUCUGAAGCGAGUCGCACCCGAUUGUAGCUACUAUCCGGAACCUUGUUCGAUGUAUCAUCACGAUGAAAGACGUAGAACAUGGUAGAUUGCGAUUGCUGCUUAAAUCUGCCGUAGCUAAAGGGUAUGGAGUUAACGCGCGGCCGAUAGCCAAAGACUGGCAGGCACCGCGUUGGGCGUCGGUGUCGCCAAGCUAUGCUGUUCAAACUGUACUUUUAUUCUUAACGCGU